AUGCGACCACAAUAUCUCCUCCUUUUACCCCUCACCAAUACCGCCGCUCACCUCAUCAAUCCCAACGUCCUCGAGCUCCGCACCCCAACCUGGCCCGAAGAUCCCAGCGCCGCACCACCCACAACAACAUCCCCAGCUCAAAUCCUCCAACAAUGCGCCGCCUGCCAAGUCCUCGGCUCAGCCCUCGCCAUCUGCGCGAACAUCACACCGAGCUUCACGGCCCUGCAGCCUACGGCUCAAGCCAAAUGUCUCUGCUACUCAAGCACGAUCUGGUCCCCAAAUAUCUUCGACAAUGCGGUGGAGUCCUGUGCCAACUAUGCUUCUACGGCUGCGCCUCCGGCUUAUAGUGCGUUGUCGAAUUUGGAAAAUUUCUGUGCGGAUGUGGGAGAUGUCGAGAAACCGGUUACGGUGUUUACUUUGGCGCCAACGGGGAAUGGAGGUCCGACUUCAGGCUCAGGCUAUGUUGCGAGUCCCUCGCCUGCUAUGACGGGGUAUGGCGCUACGAAUACUGCUGGGGCGAAUACCUCGCCGGCUUCUACGAGUGGUAACGCUGGUGGUCAAGGGUCAUCGCCGAGUAAGACGACGGCUGCGACGGGUAUCACGAUCACGGUGGGUGGAUCGGGAAGUACGGGUACGGCGAGGACGGGAGUCGCGAGGAGAGUUAUACCGAGGGAGAAUGUGGUGUGGAUUGGUUUUGCUAUUUCGCUUUUGUUUCUUUUUUUAUAA